UGGUUGGGGAGUGGGGCACCCGGGAGGGGGCGGUUCCCUUUCUACUGCGGAGCCGGAUGUUUGCCGAGCUUUGACAGGCGUGGCAGAGGGAGCAGUACCCGACCACGGUUUCUCUUCAGGUCCUGUGGAGUGAAGCUGUGGGGGACAGGCCUGGUCAUGGACCCGCUUUCAGAGUUGCAGGAUGACCUGACCUUGGAUGACACUAGCCAGGCUCUGAACCAGCUGAAGCUCGCCUCCAUUGAUGAGAAGAACUGGCCCUCGGACGAAAUGCCCGACUUUCCUAAGUCAGAUGACUCCAAAAGCAGCUCUCCGGAACCUGUCACUCACCUGAAGUGGGAUGACCCUUACUACGACAUCGCCCGGCACCAGAUUGUGGAGGUGGCAGGAGACGACAAGUAUGGGCGGAAGAUCAUUGUGUUCAGUGCCUGCCGGAUGCCUCCGAGCCACCAGCUGGACCACAGCAAACUCUUGGGGUACCUGAAGCACACGCUGGACCAGUACGUGGAGAGCGACUAUACGCUGCUCUACCUGCACCACGGCCUGACCAGCGACAACAAGCCCUCGCUCAGCUGGCUCCGGGACGCCUACCGCGAGUUUGACCGCAAGUACAAGAAGAACAUUAAAGCCCUGUACAUCGUGCACCCCACCAUGUUCAUCAAGACCCUGCUCAUCCUCUUUAAGCCCAUCAUUAGCUUCAAGUUCGGGCAGAAGAUCUUCUAUGUCAAUUACCUGAGGGAGCUGAGCGAGCACGUGAAGCUGGAGCAACUGGGAAUCCCUCGCCAAGUGCUCAAGUAUGACGACUUCCUCAAAUCCACACAGAAGAGCCCUGCCACCGCCCCCAAGCCCAUGCCGCCACGGCCCCCUCUGCCCAACCAGCAGUUCGGGGUCUCGCUGCAGCACCUCCAGGAGAAGAACCCAGAGCAGGAGCCCAUUCCGCUUGUGCUCCGGGAGACCGUUGCCCACCUGCAGGCCCACGCUCUCACCACUGAGGGGAUUUUCCGGAGGUCGGCCAACACCCAAGUGGUACGGGAAGUACAGCAUAAGUACAACAUGGGGCUGCCAGUGGACUUCGACCAGUACAAUGAUCUGCACCUGCCCGCGGUCAUCCUCAAGACCUUCCUCCGGGAGCUUCCUGAGCCCCUGCUCACCUUUGACCUGUACCCCCAUGUCGUGGGCUUCCUCAACAUUGAUGAGAGCCAGAGAGUGGAGGCGACGCUGCAGGCACUCCGGGCACUGCCUGAGGAGAACUACCAGGUGCUUCGUUUCCUCAUUGCCUUCCUGGUGCAGAUUUCUGCCCACUGUGACCAGAACAAGAUGACCAACACUAACCUGGCUGUUGUCUUCGGCCCUAACCUGCUGUGGGCCAAGGAUGCUGCCAUCACCCUCAAAGCCAUUAAUCCCAUCAACACGUUCACCAAGUUCCUUCUGGAUCACCACGGGGAGUUGUUCCCCAGCCCUGACUCCAGGGGCCUCUGAGCUCUGCCCUGCUGCCCCUUCUCGGAGAGCCCCAACGGGGACUCUUCCUCCUGGCUUCAGCCUUAUGGGGGCGUGGGGCUCCUGCCCAGGAAGGGGCCGUGAGGCCCUGGGAGCUGGAAGCUGGGGCCAGCCAACUGGGCAGCCUUUCCUCCCACUCUGUCCAGCCCGCCUCACCAGCCCCAGAGGCCGCGCUGUAACUACGGGACAUUAUUCUUUGCCUUAUACUUCUCACUGCCUCCUUGGAUCCCUGGCUCCUAGCCAGGCUCUGCAGCGCUGGCCUUGGCUCUUCCAGUGGGAAGAAGACUGGCCCCAGCAACUGCUUCCCCACUUUCUCCUGCCUCUCUUCUCCUGGCUACCGAGGAGGCCUAACACACUGCCAGCUGGGCUGGUAGCUGGGCCUGGUCCUCCCUUUCUAGCCGCUGGGGAAUAAGCAGCUGAGCUGGGCUGGCUUGGGCCCGCCCUACCGAGGCACCUCCCUGCCUGGGUGAAGGCCUGUGUGCGACCACCUGCUCCUGUCCUCCCCUCUAGAGGUUCAGCCUUGGGUGUUGACACGGCUAAGGACUGGCAAGGCCGGAGUCUGCUUCCUGCUUCUGCCUGCUUCUCUUGCACACAUCCUGGGUCAGCCCUUCUCAAGUGAUACUGCCCCCAGGAUGUCCCAGCCCCCUGGUUCUGCCAGGACUGGCAGCUUGGAUGAUAGGGUUGAGCCCAGCAUCCAUUUGAAACAGUCACUCCAUUCCUGCCCAAAAGCCUCCGGUGUCUGGUUGGGCCAGUGACAGUCUCAGCCCCCCAUGCCUUGCCUCCCCUCUCUUCCCGCUUGCACAGAUCCUCAGCCUAACUGUGGACAGAUCUGUGGUGGGGUCACAGGUCACACUGGUCCCUGCUCUGGCUGGAAGC